UGCGGAGGAGGACUUAAUGACGCGAACAGGAGGCUCUUCGAAUCAGGUUGGACUAGGAGCACCAAGGGACAGCAAUGCCAGCCGCGCCUCCACGAUGUCCGGAAUGCAAAUGGAGGACAUUCCGCCAGAAUCUUUGCAAUUAUAUAGCACCGCGCUCCUUCCUCAGGAGGAAGAGCUCAAGGAGCGGAUGCGCGAGGGAGCUGCGUUGGAAAAUUUGUGGCUUCUUGCCGAAAUCCCUGAAGCAAUGGCAGGUGUACGAGGUCAGGGGAUGCUUCAGGGUGGAGCAGCUAAAACGAAAGGGGGCUCAGGCGGCGUAGGGGACGCGGAAUCACAGAGUGGGUCAUCUCCAUUAAUUUCUGGAUCAAUUAUGGCUGCUUGUAGAAAAAAUACUCGACUGUUGUGUGUAAUCAACUACAAACUUCGCUACAUUCAUUGAUCUACUUUGACACUGCGAGGACUUUUCUUCAGAAUCAUUCGAUCAAUGAAUGAAUCUGAGAAGUAGUUGUAGUAGACCACUAGUUCAUCAACUUGAACUUCUCUUAUCGUCGUGAACCAACAGCAACUUUUCCACCCUUCUAAUGCCAGCAAACAAAGCAAGCAAUUGCUGUUGAUAUAUUUCCGAAGGGCCACGGACACGCAUCACACGCCAAGUGUGUCUGCAUCUUCGCAGUUGUCAAAACAGGUUAAGAGGGUGGAGCAAGGCAAUCCCACUGGGGGAGCACGGAACUCGAAGGUGCCGUUCGAUAAGCACGAGUCACGUGGGCGAUACCAUAAUACAAAAGUUAUGCUUAUGGUUGUACAUAAUUGUAGUGCUUGUGCUAGUUACAAGUAGUUGUACAUCUAAUUGCGGGACGUGUAUGUUCAUGCUCUAUAUUUUUACAAUAAUGACGAGGAUAUCGAAAGCAAAUAAAGCUAGUACAACUAGUGCGUCUUUUCGUACAAGAAAUUUUCAAAAGCAACUCUAUCUGUGCGUCUUUUCGUACAAGAAAUUUUCAAAAGCAACUCGUACAAGAAACUUUCAAAAACGAUAGAAUGCGUCUUGUUCCAAGACCUUUCUACGUCCUUGUCAAUCUUGAAGAUAGGCUACCGUUAGAAUGUGUCUUGUUCCAAGACCUUUCUACGUCCUUGCUUGAAGAUAGGCCACCUCUGCCUCUAACAAUCGUGGCCAGCAGGAGGAAGGCAAUGAAGGUGGCAUCUUCGCUGCGUUACUAUCGGAAGCGCCAGAUGUCGCGUUGACACACGCGUGGCGCCUAGAACGUGGCUCCAUGUUCCUCACGGCAUCCGGAAAGCCUCAGGCCUUGAGCUACACAGGGAAUAAGUGCCCUGAUAGGUACAACUUACUCUAGGUAGUAGUUCGUCCUUCUAUAAUAUUAUUUUUACAAAAGCUUGAUCCAGGCAGGGACCAAAACGAUCAAAUCUCGUUUAAUUAUUGUUAUAAGAUGAGCGAUAAAAAUGGACGAAAACUACAGCAAUAGAAUUAAUAUUUAUAUUGCCUGCUCUCCUGCACCUGCACCUGCUGUGACAAACACAGGACCUCCAUAGCUCCAUAGCUACAAUAUAGCAUAACUACUUGUAGUUGUGCCACACUUCCAACGAACAUGCAUUUACUGGCACAUCUACUUUACAGGUGUACGCCUUUAAUGCUCGAGUAUCCGGUGAAGCGCACAACUUUCGCCCAGCACUGGGUGAUGCAUGGCAAAACCCGGUCGACUUUCGAAUUGGCACCCGCUGCGGCACCCUGGAUGCGUGUGGGGAUGAGCGCGGGUGGCGAUAUUGAAAUCUGCUCUAUGGGCCACCCCGAGAGCUUGACUUUUU